AUGGGUGAAACAUACUGGGAUGAGAACGAGGGUGUUGCAGUGGAUUUUGAUAUCUUGAAAUGGAUGGGAUUCCCCAAUGAGUCUGUUGUUGGAGUGAAAGUGGGGUGUGUAGAGAGACGGGCAUCCCCAGACCUGAAGUUUACCAUUGAAAACGAUGCCAUUCUGUUCCCCAAGAUAUCAACCCAGCCUGUGCCCCAUUCCAGGUGUUCUGAGAGCUGCCAGCCUGGAUAUGUCAAGAAGGCUCAGGAAGGGAAGCCAUUUUGCUGCUAUGACUGUGAUCCAUGCCCAGAAGGGACAAUCUCCACACGGGAAGAUGCAGAGCUUUGUGACAAAUGUCCAGAAGACCAGCACCCGAACAAGGACAGAACUCAGUGUGUCCCAAAGGCCAUAACCUUCCUCACCUAUGAAGAACCUUUGGGGAUAAGUCUAGCUGUCUUUCCUCUGUUCUUGUCCCUAAUCACUGGUUUGGUUUUAGGACUUUUCAUUAAAUUUCUAAACACUCCUGUAGUCAAAGCCAACAACCGGGAUCUCACUUAUAUUCUCCUCGUCUCCCUCCUUCUUUCUUUUCUGUGCUCAUUUUUAUUCAUUGGCCAGCCAAGCAAGGUGACCUGCCUUCUCCGACAAACUGCCUUCAGCAUCAUCUUCUCGGUUGCCGUCUCUUCUGUGUUGGCCAAAACCAUCACUGUGGUGGUGGCUUUUAUGGCCACCAAGCCAGGCAACAGGAUGAGGAAAUGGCUGGGGAAGAGUCUGGCCAACUCCAUUGUCAUUUCUUGUUCUGUUUUCCAAGUUAUCCUCUGUGCCCUCUGGCUGGGUACCUCUCCCCCAUUCCCAGAGUCUGACAUGCACUCCCUGCCUGCACAUAUUGUCCUACAAUGCAACGAAGGGUCUGUUGCCAUGUUUUAUGGUGCCCUGGGCUACAUGGGCUUCCUGGCUGCCAUCUCCUUCAUUGUGGCUUUUCUAGCAAGGAAGCUGCCAGGGGCCUUUAAUGAAGCCAAGCUGAUCACCUUCAGCAUGCUGGUGUUUUGCAGUGUUUGGGUGUCCUUUGUGCCCACUUACCUGAGCACGAAGGGGAAAUACGUGGUGGCCGUGCAGGUCUUCUCCAUCUUGGCCUCCAGUGCUGGCCUGCUGGGCUGCAUCUUCCUUCCCAAGUGCUACAUUAUCAUCAUGAGGCCUGAUCUCAAUACGAAGGAGCAUCUAAUGUCAAAAAUAAACCAAUUAAAUUGA